CGCAAUUUGAUUGAGCAUUCCGUACCACACCAAAUCCCUUCCCAUAAUACCUAAAUGCCAAACGAGAUUUGCACCAAUGAUCCCACGGCCACCACGGAUUUAAACCGCUGGGAUAUAAACCCAAGCGAUACUGAAACGGUUUAUAGUGAGAAUGAGGAGACAAAAGUUCCAUCACCGACACCCGAAAGCUCUCAGGUUUUCUAUCCGCCUUCUCAGUUCGAAAUUGCAGGCCCUCGGAGAGCCAGACUUAAGGGUCUAAGCAGAGGGCAUGAAUCUCAGCCCCAAUCCAAAACAAAAAUAGGCAAAAAUGUCACUUAUAUGGAAGGCUGUAAAUCCUCUGGUAAAAACAAGCGCCUCAGACCUUUCACGUUUUCCGACAGAGUGGAUCCCAGAUCUCCGACAAAAGUAGGACUGGGGCCAAAUAAAGAAUCCGUUCUAAUGGACCCCCAGUCCAAAAAAGUACACUCAAUCACUGAUCAAGGUAUCCUCGAGGAUACCGAAACCAAUUCCGUAGAGAAGCUGUUGAUCCUCUGGGCAUCUCGUCUCGAAUUAGAGUCACUUACACUACGUGAAAACUCGGCGGAUCUUCUGGAUGCUGUUCAAAAUACCAACCGUAUUGUCCAGAAACUUCAGGCCGAGUUUUUGAAUGCGGCCUCAAAGGAUGGGGAAUCUUCCAAAAGGUUAGCCGCAAUGAUUAAGGAAAAUUUCGCCCGUGUAUCAUCGAAAAUAGACACCCUCACAAACGAUAGUGGAGGGGGUAUAAGUGCCGAUUUUAUGACUACAAUUCUUCAGCUGUUCUCUACUGACCUUAAAACUGAGUUGAGGGAAGUUUCUGGUGGGGAUGGUAUACUUUCUAGUCUACCCAAGGCCAUGGAUAACCAUUUAAACGCCAAACUUAAUACGCUUGAUCAGGUGUUAAAAGCGUCGGAGGUAGCAUCCCGGGCUAUUCAAUCUACUUGUUUGGAGGUGGCCAAGAGUGAUGCCUAUGGAAGAACGCAGUUUUCUGCUCUUGGCAAAACCCUCGAUUUGCUCGUGUCGAAGAUAAGCUUGUUGGAAAGUAAGGUUGCCAAAUCAGACACACAAGCCACGCUUAUCUGUGGCAGGUUUAACUCUGUUGACGCCACUCUUUCCAGGUUAUCUUCACUCAUCGAGAAAAAUAGCCUUUCCCGGUCCACUGGAUCGUUGAGACCAAUAUUGAAACCAGUUCCAACGAGCCUAGGCCCACCGAAUAACGCUGAGGAGUUAUCUGGUCCUAACAUCCAGGGAAAUAGGUCGGGUACUUUACCGCGUGAAUACCAUAUGUCUACUCCAAGAAAUACGCAAUCGCAAUCGCAAUCGCAAAUGCCAAAACCUUCCAUUCUCCCAUGUGUUUCCGUUUCUUAUUCGCAACCGAAUGGCCUGGCCCGGCCAAUUGGAGAUUCCACAUCUCUCUACAGCUGGCCAAGGGCACUCUCGACGAAAGAAUAUCCAGAUAAAAUUGGAAGGAAGAAAGACGUGGUUGAUCCCAUCGAUAAUCUGUUGGAAUCUACCAACAUAAAACCUCGAAGAAGCAUAACCAGAGCACCUACACUACAUCGAACCAAAAAAAGAAGGCUUCUUUCGGACGAUGACUAAGCUUCAGAUAAGAAUG